AACAUACCAAAUAAAAAAUAAGGCUAUUGGAGGCAUUUAAUUCCCCACUAGUGCACGUCCCAGACUUUGCAUUAAAAGAAAAGAAAAGACCAAUAGAGUCAUUGUCCUCGGGACAGUGUUCUGACUUUGUAAGUCGGGGGAGGGUGGAGGUUCAGCAGUACAGGCAGGCUAAGCAUGUGUGUCAGACACGACAGGGUCGUAUAGUUCUCCAGCCUUCCUCAUCAGUGCAGGGCAGUUCACCGCAAUCGAGCAGCGACUAUGGCUAAAACGCGGAAGAUCUCACUGUUGGAGGCAUGGCUCCGGAAUCGGGCCGCGCAACCGAAGAAAGCAGAAAAGCUGAAACUAUGGCCGCAACAAUCGGCGUUGCUGAGAGACCCCGAGCUGGUUUCGUCUCUCGUCCAGCAGAAUGUGAAGAUGGCAUGUUUGCUUCUCCCCGCAGGCACCGAUGUGUUCCGCCGCUUCACGCCGGAGUCGCUGGCCGAGUGUGAGCGACUCAAGGCCGAGGCAGAUGCCGAAGAGGCUCAGAGGAAAGCCCAGAACAUUGAGAUCCUUGAAGAGGACCUGCCCAAACCCUCCAAAGACCUGGAAGUUGGAAAAUCCUUACCGUUUAUCUAUGGAGACCCUCCACCUGAGCUCCUUAACAUCCCUCUGGAAGAGCUCGAUCCCUACUACAAAUCCAAGAAAACUUUCAUCGUGAUCAGCAAAGGGAAUACAAUCAACAGGUUCAACGUGGAUCCAGCCUGUUACGUUCUCACCCCCUUCAACCCCAUCCGCAGGGUUGCCAUCCGAGUACUCAUACACUCAUUAUUCAGCAUGUUCAUCAUGGUGACGAUCCUGUCCAACUGUGUGUUCAUGACGAUGAGCCACCCGCCAGACUGGAGCAAAAUUAUGGAGUACGUGUUUACGGGGAUCUACACCUUCGAGGCUCUGAUUAAAGUCUUGUCCAGAGGGUUCUGUAUCGGAGACUUCACAUUCCUUCGAGAUCCAUGGAACUGGCUGGAUUUCAUGGUGAUCAGCAUGGCGUACAUCACUGAGUUUGUGGACUUGGGAAAUGUCUCAGCUCUGAGGACCUUCCGUGUGCUUCGAGCCCUGAAAACAAUCACCGUAAUUCCUGGUCUGAAAACCAUCGUCGGUGCGCUGAUUCAGUCUGUGAAGAAGCUGGGAGACGUCAUGAUCCUCACCGUCUUCUGUCUCAGCGUUUUCGCCCUCAUUGGCCUGCAGCUGUUCAUGGGAAUUCUGCGCAACAAGUGCAUCCAGUGGCCUCCUGCAAGCAUCAAUGACACCAUGGAUACCAACAGCACUUUCGACUUUGAACAGUACUUCGACAAUCAGGAGAAUUACUACCACCUGGAUGGUAGCGCAGAUCCACUGCUGUGUGGAAACAGUUCGGAUGCUGGGCGAUGUCCCGAGGGAUACGUGUGUAUGAAAGCAGGGAGGAAUCCGAAUUAUGGAUACACCAGCUAUGACACCUUCGGGUGGGCCUUCCUUGCCCUCUUCCGCCUCAUGACACAAGACUUCUGGGAAAACCUGUUCCAGUUGACUCUCCGGGCAGCAGGGAAGACCUACAUGAUCUUCUUCGUAGUCAUCAUCUUCUUAGGCUCCUUUUACCUGAUCAACCUGAUUUUGGCGGUGGUGGCAAUGGCGUAUGCGGAGCAGAACGAAGCCAAUAUAGCUGAAGCUAAAGAGAAGGAGGAAGAGUAUGCCAAGAUCAUGGAGCAGCUCAAAAAGCAAUCUGAGCUGAAAAAAGCGAUGGUGAAAGAAAGCACGACCUCGCUCUCGAGCGAAAAGAAACAUGACGGCGGCACUGAGUAUGAUGAGAAUCACGAAGAGCAUGGCACUGCCCUAAAACACAGAGAGUCUACCGAGGUGUCCAAAUUAAAUGGAUCCAAAGGAAGUAUGGACUUAAUAGAACUACCCGGCCAGCACAACAGGAAAGCCAGUGCAGUGAGUGCUGUAAGCCAUACACUAGAAGAAUUAGAAGAGUUGGAAAGACCAUGUCCACCUUGCUGGUACAAGUUUGCAGACAUUUUCCUAAAGUGGGACUGCUGUGCACCAUGGAUCAGAUUCAAAAAAUGGGUGUACUUUAUUGUGAUGGAUCCUUUUGUGGACUUGGGCAUCACCAUCUGCAUCGUACUAAACACCGUGUUUAUGGCCAUGGAACAUUAUCCGAUGACUCCUGAGUUCGAACAUGUGUUGUCUGUUGGGAAUUUGGUGUUCACGGGCAUCUUCACGGCUGAGAUGGUACUCAAACUCAUAGCGAUGGACCCAUACUACUACUUCCAGGUCGGCUGGAAUAUAUUCGACAGCAUCAUCGUGACCAUGAGUCUUGUGGAACUCGGCUUGGCUAAUGUACAAGGGCUGUCUGUGCUCCGGUCCUUCCGACUUAUGCGUGUCUUCAAGUUGGCAAAGUCAUGGCCUACCCUGAACAUGCUGAUUAAGAUCAUUGGUAACUCUGUGGGUGCCCUGGGGAACCUGACCCUCGUCCUGGGCAUCAUCGUCUUCAUCUUCGCUGUGGUGGGCAUGCAGCUGUUUGGGAAGAGCUACAAGGACUGUGUUUGUAAAAUCUCUCAAGAUUGUGAAUUGCCACGUUGGCACAUGACAGACUUCUUCCACUCCUUCCUAAUUGUGUUUCGGAUCCUGUGUGGCGAGUGGAUUGAAACCAUGUGGGACUGCAUGGAAGUGGCAGGCCAGUCCAUGUGCAUUAUCGUCUUCAUGAUGGUCAUGGUGAUUGGAAACCUGGUGGUCCUGAAUCUCUUCCUGGCAUUGCUGCUCAGCUCCUUCAGUGGAGACAACCUGGCAUCGUCAGACGAAGAUGGUGAAAUGAACAACCUGCAGAUUGCCAUAUCAAGAAUCACCAGGGGCAUCGACUGGGUCAAGGCCUAUAUUAUCACGCACAUAAGGCGCUUGUUGGGCUUGAAUCCGAAGGAAGAGGAGAAGAAAGGAAAUGAUCUAGUCCUGAACCACGUGGACACAGUUGAGUCAGAGGACGAGACCAAGGAGGAGCUGAAGCAACUUGAUGGUGCUCUUAGAAUGGCCGUUGUUCCUAUCGCAAAGGGAGAGUCUGAUGUUGAAAGCCCUUAUGAUGAGGAAAGUUCUUCUGAGAACGAAGAGAAUAUCGAUGAAAAAAAGAAACUGAACGAUGCAGACGAUUCGUCCAGCUGCAGCACCGUGGACAAACCUCCAGCGGCGGAAGAGGCGGAUUCAGAAGAUGAACCAGAUCCCAUCACCCCAGUGGACUGCUGCACAGAGAAAUGCAUUAGACGCUGCCCAUGCCUGGAUGUGGACAUCACCAAGGGCAGAGGAAAGACAUGGUGGAACCUCCGUAAGACCUGUUUCGCCAUUGUGGAGCACAACUACUUUGAGACCUUCAUCAUCUUCAUGAUUCUCCUCAGCAGCGGUGCCUUGGCGUUUGAGGAUAUUUACAUUGAGCAGCGACGAGUGAUUAAAAUCAUUCUCGAAUAUGCUGAUCAGGUCUUCACCUACGUUUUUGUCAUUGAGAUGCUCCUGAAAUGGGUUGCGUAUGGCUUCAAGACCUACUUCACGAACGCUUGGUGCUGGCUGGACUUCCUCAUUGUUGAUGUCUCGCUGAUCAGCUUGACGGCUAACAUCCUGGGUUACUCCGAGCUCGGACCCAUCAAAUCCCUGAGGACCUUGAGGGCUCUGAGGCCGCUUCGCGCCUUGUCCAGAUUUGAGGGAAUGAGGGUGGUGGUUAACGCCCUGGUUGGAGCCAUCCCCUCCAUAUUUAACGUGAUGCUGGUGUGUCUGAUCUUCUGGCUGAUCUUCAGCAUAAUGGGCGUGAACCUGUUUGCUGGAAAAUUCUACUAUUGCUUUAAUUAUACCUCUGAAGAGUAUUUCCCAGCUGAUGUGGUGAACAACAAAAGUGAAUGCUUGGAUCUGAUCAAUUCCGGUAUGCAUGAAACGCGAUGGAUGAACACAAAGGUCAACUUCGAUAACGUGGGAAUGGGCUACCUCGCCCUGCUGCAAGUGGCAACAUUUAAAGGUUGGAUGGACAUCAUGUAUGCUGCUGUGGAUUCUCGUGAGGUGGAGAUGCAGCCAUAUUAUGAGUCAAACCUCUACAUGUACCUGUACUUUGUUAUUUUCAUCAUCUUCGGGUCGUUCUUCACACUCAAUUUAUUCAUCGGUGUCAUCAUUGAUAAUUUCAACCAACAAAAAUCAAAGUUAGGAGGGCAAGACCUCUUCAUGACAGAGGAGCAGAAGAAAUAUUAUAACGCUAUGAAGAAACUCGGCUCUAAGAAACCACAGAAACCGAUCCCACGCCCCCAGAACUGCUUGCAAGGCUUCAUCUUCGACAUUGUCACAAAGCAGUUCUUCGACAUCCUGAUCAUGGGCUUGAUCUGUCUGAACAUGAUCACCAUGAUGGUGGAGACCGAUGACCAGAGCCAAGAAGUUGAAGAAAUCUUGUACUUCAUCAACUUCAUCUUUAUUGUCUUAUUCACUGGCGAGUGCGUGCUCAAGAUCAUCGCCCUGCGACAGUACUACUUUCACAUCGGAUGGAAUAUUUUUGAUUUUAUCGUGGUCAUUCUUUCAAUCCUGGGUUUGGUCCUAGCAGACAUCAUUGAGAAGUACUUUGUUUCACCCACGCUUUUCCGCGUCAUCCGACUUGCCAGAAUCGGACGUGUUCUGCGUCUGAUCCGAGGUGCUAAAGGCAUCCGGACUCUGCUGUUCGCCUUGAUGAUGUCCCUCCCUGCCCUCUUCAACAUCGGCCUCCUCCUCUUUUUAAUCAUGUUCAUUUUUUCCAUAUUCGGCAUGUCCAACUUUGCCUAUGUGAAAAAAGAAGCUGGCAUUGAUGACAUGUUCAAUUUUGAGACCUUUGGAAACAGUAUAAUGUGUCUGUUUAUGAUCACGACCUCCGCCGGCUGGGACGGGCUUCUGUCCCCUAUCCUCAACAACCCUCCCGACUGCGACCCGGACGUCGAGAAUCCCGGCACGGAUGUGAAGGGUAACUGCGGAAACCCUGGAGUGGGAAUAGUGUUCUUUUGCACCUACAUUGUGAUGUCCUUCCUUGUGGUGGUCAACAUGUACAUCGCCAUCAUUCUGGAGAACUUCAACGUGGCAACGGAGGAAAGCGGCGAGCCUUUAUGCGAGGAAGACUUUGAGAUGUUCUACGAGACCUGGGAGAAGUUUGAUCCGGAUGCUUCGCAGUUCAUUGACUACAACGCGCUGUCCGAUUUCUGUGACACCCUGAAAGAUCCGCUGAGGAUCCCGAAGCCGAACAUGGUCAAGCUGAUCAGCAUGGACCUGCCAAUGGUACCCGGGGAAAGGAUCCACUGUCUCGACAUCCUGCUGGCUCUCACAGCCGAGGUGCUCGGCGAGUCUGGGGAAAUGGACAUGCUCAAGUCGAGUAUGGAGGAGAAAUUCAUGGCGAACAACCCCUCUAAGGCAUCAUACGAGCCGAUAACCAGCACUCUUCGACAUAAGCAGGAGGAAGUGGCUGCUAAGGUCAUCCAGAGAGCCUACCGCAAAUACAAACUCAGGUGUUCUCACACAAAGGGAGCCCACAGCAUCAGACAAAAGCACGAGAAGCCUUUAUGUGUAGCUCUGCAGAAUGAGGUGGUCUUACACUCUGCCCCUUUCGCCAUCCCUGACUCGACCUAUGUGGACAACUUGAGGGAGUCCACCGUGUAACAACAUCUUGCAGGUUUUUCUGGUUACAUAUCCAUCAAAUUAACAAUGUUUUCACAAAACUGCUUGUUCACUUCCAAAGUUAUCACUUCCCUAAUACGGAGGGAAUGUGAGCGUGAGCCGCUUUAGCGUUCCCUAUAAAGAAGUUAAGAACUAAAAUCAGUGAAGAAGCCAGUGGCGUGAAUGCUUUAAAAAAAAAAAAAAAGAAAGUCAGUCUGUCAUGUAGCUCCAAUUAGCGUUAAUUGGGCUCCAAUUUCCUAGUCCCAGAAGAAAAGUAGAAAGAAGUACAAAUGUAGCAUGGGACUUUUAGAUAAUCUGUUAAUAUUGUUAGCAUGGUGCAAAUGAAGAAGGUUUUUUUUUGGGGGGGGGGGGGGGGUAAAUUGAUAUGAAACAAAGAAAGGAACCUAAGGAAUCUACAGUGGAUAUAAAAAGUCUACACACCCCUGUUAAAAUGGCAGGUUUUUAUGAAGUUUUUAAGAAUGCCACUAAGAUAAAUCGCCAGAUCUUUUCUCACCUUUAAUGUGCAAUUACAAAGUGUACAAUUAUACAAAAGUUCAUUAUGAUAUUAGUAUGCCUUUUGGAAUUGGUCAUCAGACCAUAACAUGUUGCCACAUGCUUUGGGGUGAUUUAGUUGGGCUUUUUUGUUUUUUUGUGAGAAAGAGCCACCCUACCCCAUAAUGAUAAUGAGUCUUUAUUGAUGUUGAUACAUUACAGCAGAGUGAAAUUCUUUGCUAUGCAUACCCCAGCAUGUUAGGAGGUUGGGAUCAGAGUGCAGGGUCAGCCAUGCCCUGAUAGCCAUGAUACAGCACCCCCUGGAGCAGAGAGGGUUAAGAGCUUUGCUCAAGGGCCCAACUGUGGCAGCUUGGCAGUGCUGGGGCUUGAACCCCAGACUUUCUGAUCAAUAACCCAGAGCCUUAACCUCCAAGCCACCACUGCCCCACCCAUAGCCCAGACAUGUGACGAAUACACACUAAAAACACUGGGUUAAAGACAGCACAAAUUGAUUUAUUUUGAACCUAACGGCUGAGGUAAAUAUAAGACAGGACACAUUUUGGGUUAAACUAACCCAUCAAGGUAGGCUGUUCAUUUUAACCCAGCAAACGUGUUGUUUUUCAACCCAAAGGAUGGUUUCAUUUUGACAAAAACACUGGCUUCAUUUUAUUUCAUAAACAGGUUCAUAUUUUCAGGGUUAUUUUUACUCUUCGAAAAUGUCAAAUCUACCACAUUAUAAACAAAUAUGUCACCAUGGUACCUCCUUUAUUUAAACACAAGAAGGUGUUCAGAAAUGCAUCGCUAGAGCUGCUAAAGUGGUGUUUAUGUAAAGACUUAAGUAAAUUACUCAAAUAAGUCAUAUAUUUAAGGCCAAAACAUCUGAUUUAAAACGUCAUCAAAGAAGACGUUUAAAACAUCCAAAAAAAACAACAACCUGAGGAACAAAUUAUGAUCCAGUGGGCGUUACAAACAACUCAACCAAAGCAUUAUUAUAGAGAAUUAUAGAAUCACCUCAGUCCAUAUUUCACAUCCAUACAUAAACACAUGACACUAGUAGUGUCAAAACCGCUACCUCCACCUGAGGCUAAUUCAAACAGGUCAUUUGAGUUCAUUUGUCCCAAUGGGUUGGGCUGAGGCUUCAGGGUGGGGGAGGGGUGCAUUGAUUCAACUGUCAGUGAAAAUGACCCCGCUAAUAACCCAACGAUUGGGUUACACAGAACUACAAAUAAACCACCCAUGACUGAGAAAAAUGAAAUGACCCAAAAGGCUUAACCCAACGUUUGGGUAGAAAAAAAUAACUCGACAUCUUUUAGAGUGUACGAGAGAUCGUUGUCAAAUGUAGAGAGCAUCAAUACUUGUCAGAUGUUCCUGUAGCUCCCUUAAUGUUGCCGCAGGUCUCUAGGCAGCCUCCCUGGUACGUUUUUGUCUUGUGCUUUUACACAUUUUGGACAGACGUCCAGUUCUUGGUGUUGUUACUGUGGAUGUAACAGUUGUUACUGGAUGCUCCAUUUUCUCCACUUGUUUACGAUGGCCUUCAUGGUGUUCCAUGGUACAUUUAAUGUUUUGGAAAUAUUUUGUACCCCUCUCCUGAUCAGUACUUUUCGACAGUGAGACCCUGUACAUGCUUUCUAAGCUCUUUGCGGACCACGUCUUCAGCAGUCAGAUGAAACCAAGAAGAUGUGGAGAAAAUCCGACAGAAACAGCUGGUCUUUAUUUGGGUUUGAUCACAAUCAUUUAAUUAAAGACAACUGUAUGAUAGUUACUUUGUAACACGAGAUCGAAUGUGAUUGGUUCAUUCUGAACACAGCCACAUCACCGAUUAUAAACGGGUGUGCACACUUGUGCAAUCGGGUUCUUGAAAAAAGUUUUCCCCCCUAUUUUUCCCUAAAAUGUUUCUGUUUCAAUGUUUCACAUUGAGGGUGGGAAAAGUUCUGACAUCAUUUAUCCUGAUUUUUUUUUUUUCCAUCACAAAAUCUUGCCAUUUUAACAGGGGUGUGUAGACUUCCUAUAUCCACUGUAUUAGCUGGCUAGUUUAUUGCUAGUUCAUGAGUUUUUGGUGCUCGAACACAGCAAACAAAAACAAGCUUUCGUGAAGGCUUCCUUGUUUCCCAAUCAAUUUAUAGUGCAGAUAAGCAGAGCUUGCUUUGAAGAGGACAUUGCGUCAGAUUGAAACGGCUUCUGUUCUGGUCUACAGUCUAGCAAUGAUGAUGAUUUGAUCCCUCGUGGCUCAGUUCACUUGCUUGAGUAAAGGAGAAAUAACGAAGUGUGCUGGAAACAGUAUUUGAACGCAACUUUGGACACGCUAGCAAUUUUACAUACCAAACCUGCAGUACUGUGAACAACAACAACAACAAAAAAUUAUUGACUUUAUUUUGACUUUACUUUCUUGGCUGUAGAUUAUAAAAGCUAUGCAACAUUAGGUUUAAAAAACAAAAAACAAAAAAACAAAAAAAAAACAAAACCAUUUAUCACUGUAUUUUGGUUUUCCUGAGACUUUCUUGGAAUCUAAAUUUUAAUUUAGAUCUGAACCAGUCCAGAAUAUACUUAUAUCUGGAUCCACAAAUUGUUUAAAAUGGAAUAAAAUACAGAUCUGCAUAUUAUUAAUAGAGUAGUUUAAUUGUAUGAGCCAAGACAGAUACAUUUGAGGUCUUAAAUGCUUUUUACUGUUCAACUUGUGAACUUGUACGAAUGUGCACGAGCCAACUUGCAUGAAAAGUUACUGGCAGUACAAAAUGAAUGCCUCCUAUGAGUUUGCCGUAGGUCUGUUUAUCCGUUUAAAAAGUUCAUACUGCUACAGUCUUAGAAGCUAGCUUUUCAUUUGACUGAUUUAUUAUUGUAAAUUUUCCUUUAUAGAUUUUGUGCUUAUGUUUUAUUACAGUUUAGUCGGUGUUAUUGCCACAGACCAAACAAAAUGAUACAGAACAGCAAUUAAAGUAGGCAGAUCAAAAUCCUUGAGGAUCUGCUCAGAUCCUAAGGUGACCCUAAAGGAGUGUUUAAUUAAAUGCACGAGCACUUAGUGAUUAAAGCUGUUAAGACUCAUCGAUAGCACCAGUAUUAACUGUUCGACAUAAAGCAUAAAUAUGUGGUGUGUGCUAACUGGCUAAGUAGGGUAAUAAAGAUUUUGGCCUUUUUUCGAUUACGAUAGAUUUAACUGAACCUAAUUCGACAUUCAAUUACAUCACGGGAUUACAUUACAUUACUGUCCCAUUUUUUAGUUCAUGUAAUAAUAAACAUUUCUUUAUUCGUUUAUAUUCCGUGGUUAUUCCAAUUAUUACCGAUUUGUUGGAGUCUUGAUAUAAUUUAAACAAGAACACGACUUAAAAUAACGUUACCAAUUUUGAUGGGCAGCGUAUAUAUAUAUAUAUAUAUAUACGGUUUAUUUGUUUAAAAAAAAAUAAAAAUAAAAUAAAAAAAUUGAGACCCGAGGUCAGAUUUUUCCCUGUUUAUAUUUAGUUAUGAUCAAAAGUUGUAAAAAAAAAAAAGAUGUAAAAAAGAUCUUUAAUCUUUCAAUUAUGUUGAUAACGUGUUUACAAUGAGUGCACUAAAAAGCUUCUCUCGCUCUCUCUCUCUCUCUGUCCUCUCCCUCUCUCUCUGUCUCUCGCGCUCUCUUUCACUCUCUCUCUCUCUCUAUAUCUCUCUCUCCUCUCCCUCUCUCUCUCGUUCUCGCUCUCUCCUCUCCUCUCCCUCCCUCUCUCUCUCUCCCUCUCUCUGUCCUCUCUCUCUUUCUCUCGCUCUCUCUUUCACUCUCUCUCUCUCCUCUCCCUCCCUCUCUCUCUAUCUCUUGCUCUCUCUUUCACUCUCCCUCUCUCUCUAUCUCUCUCUCUCCUCUCUCUCUCCCUCUCUCUCUAUCUCUCUCUCCUCUCUCUCUCCUCUCCCUCCCUCUCUCUAUCUCUCACUCUCUCUCUCUCUCGUCUCCCUCCCUCUCUCUCUCUCUCUCUCUAUCUCUCACUCUCUCUCUCUAUCUCUCACUCUCUCUCUCUCUAUCUCUUACUCUCUCUCUCCCUCUCUCUCUCGUUCUCUCUCUCUCUCGUCACCCUCCCUCUCUCUCUCUCUCUCUAUCUCUCACUCUCUCUCUCUCGCGCUCUCUCUUGCUCUCUCUCUCUCUCUCUCUCUCUCUCUCUCUCUCUCUCUCUCUCUCUCUCUCUCUCUGAAACCUCUGUCUUAAAUACCCCCUGCAGGAAGAGUAAAGAUAUUGGGUUAAUAUUUUACUUUUCACAUCUACAUAAAUAUUAAUGCAGUAUACAGGAAGGUGAAGCUCUUAAACCCAUCCUUCAGCUUCACAUUCUGUCUGAAUUAUUCAUUAGUGCUAAUAAAUAUGUGUAGCAAUAGUAAUAAUAAUAAUAAUAAUAACAACAACAACAACACUACAAAUAUAAUGUAACAUACGUAAUGGUACAUAAUGCUCAUGCUACAUGAUGCAAACACUAACAGACGCUUAAUAGCAAUUCUAAAAUAUAAAAAGUAACUGAAUCGUCGUCUUGACAUGUUCUUCGUAUGUGUGUAAAGUCUUCACUGGCAGCGUUUAAAUACCUAAUAGUGUAUUUCGAUUAAACAUCAUACUCUGAAGGGGAUUAUUCUUCUAUAACGGCACUUCCUGAAAUGUCUUAUUCCUCUUAUACCACAGUGAUUAUAACCCCAACAGUCACAUUUCUUUCAUUAAGUAAAGAAGAACUUGUACUUUAAAAAAAAAAAAAAAAAAAUUCCAAAGUUAUAUUUAAUGUUGUGGAAUGUCUUUGAAA